AUGAUCCCUUCAGACCCGCAUCGUUGGACCAUCAUGCUGCCACUCGCCUCGCAUCGCAUCCCCAAGCCUCUCAGGCUAAAAGACGCGCACGGCGUCAUUCUUCGUCAUCCUCUCUGUGCGGCGCUCUUCACUGUCGCCGCGUCUGCAUCACUCUUCCCAGCGGCACUCCGCGACGGCGGCGUUACUGCCGCGUCUGCCGCUCAGACCAAGCCCCUGGCGUGGAAGGGGAAGACGAUAGCGAAGUAUAUGACCAAGCUCCGUCCUACUAAGCUCAAUGGCAGGCUUGUCGGCGACAAAGGUGCACCGGGGAAAUACGUCCUCAAGGCAGUGAGGUACUCACCCACUUCAUACUACAUUACAUAUUAUAUGGAAAUUUUACAUAUCAGGUCUGAGGGAAAGAUGCCUACCUUCAGCGCUGGGGCGUCUUGUGCUGCCACUGCCCUUGGCCAAGUGGGUCAAAACGCACUCUGUGGAAAGCGCACGAAAGUGGUGUAA